AUGGCCCCUCCUCAUGUGGCAGCUAUUUCGGCUACUAGUCUAGGAGCUCAGCCUCUGGAGUGGGUCAAGGACCUGCUCCAGCUGACCUCCAAGCCCCUGGGGCAGACUGAGCCCUGGUCUUCCCGCUCCAAUCUCCCGUGGGAAUCUCCCCAUGCGCUUACUUCCCUGGCAGGCCCCAGAGGCUUUGAUUACCUGGGGUUCUCUGCUUCCUCCCAGAGGUCAGCCCAGCCCCAGGAAUCGACUGAGAAUUUGGUUCCAUUCCUGGACAUGGAUUCAGCUGGAGAGUUGUCCCCAGGGCCAGAGCCCUUCUUGUCUGCACACCCAGAUCUGAAUGACAAGCUGACUCGGCAAGAAAGGCUCCCAGAGGUGGGUCCAAUGCUGGACUGGGAUCAGAACCACACCCUGGUUCAGCCUCCUCGCCUCAAAAGGAAGAUUCAGACUACAGAUCUAGAUCAGGCUGCAGAUCAUCAGGCAGAUGAAACACCUCCAGACAGUAAGAAUUCAAAAGCUACCGACAUUAUAGUUUCUCCCAAGAACUUGAAGAAACAUCCAGCUCAGCAUUGGAGGCUUGCUAAGGUUGUGGGAAUUCCACGUCAAUUUGUAUUGAAACCUCAGCAUCAGAAACAAACUUUGCAGGAUGAGUAUUUAGAUUGAAAUAUGGAUAUGCUGUAUCCUCCAGAACUCCAGGUGAACUCAGAUGAGACUUCAGGGCCCCCUGAGCAAGUUGGACUGUCUCAAUUCCAUCUAGAGCCCAAAACUCAAAAUCCAGAGACCCUUGAAGAGAUCCAGUCCUCUUCCCUACAGCAAGAAGCCCCAGCCCAGUUUCCACAGCUCCCUGAGGAGGUAGAACCUUCGACCCAGCAGGAGGCCCCAGCUCAGCCUCCAGAGUCCUCUACGGAAAGUCUAGCUCAAGCCCCACCGAAUCAUGAGCUGACAGUUCAACCUCAAGAUGAGGAUCAAGCUCAUUAUAACUUGCCUAAUAGUAUAAUUAAACCUGCAGAUGUGGAGAUUACCAAAACUUCAGAGCCUACCAAGGAGACAAAAUCUUCCCAAGCCCAGCAAGAGGCCCUGACUCAGCCUCAAGGGAAGGUUGAACCUUCCACAGCCCUGACGACUACUGCUCCUCCUCCAAAACAGCCUGAGGUGACACUUCCACCUUCAGACAAGGGUCAGACUCAGCAUGCAAACCUGACUCAAGUCGUAGUUCAGCCACUGCACCUGGAGGUUACCGUAACUACAGAACUUACUACAGAGGUUAAACCGUCUCCAGCCAGAGAGGAGACCUCAACUCAGCCUCCAGAUCUGGGGCUUGCCAUAACUCCAGAACCCACUACAGAGCCUGGACAUUCUGCAGCCCUGGAGAAGACUACAGCUCCUCAUCCAGACCAGGUUCAGACUCAGCAUCAAAACCUGACUGAAGUCACAGGUCUACCUACUGAUCUAGAACCUACUCAGGAUUCACUGGUGCAGCCUGAAACUUAUGCCCAAAAUAAGGCUUUAACUGCACCAGAAGAACAGGCCUCCGCAAGCACCCACAUCUGUGACCUCUGCACCUGCAGAGAUGAGACGCUGUCGUGUAUUGAUCUCAGCCCAAAGCAGAAGCUCCGCCACGUGCCUGUGCCAGAGCCGAACACCUACAACGGCACCUUCACCAUCUUGUAA